CGAUGACCGUCGGAUAAGUUCGUGUGCAGCCCGCCAUGUCCGGAAUCCACGAAUCUACGAGUGUACGAACCCCCGUAGCUCAAACCGCGACUUGUCCGCGCGCCGUCACUGAAGCGUCACUCUCCCUCUUGACCUCAGGUCACCGCACCGCUGUCCGCGCGCCGUCUUGAGCAGCAUAAGUACUUUAGCCGGUGGUCGACAUGGCAUUAAGAACUUCCUCUGGAGUGACUCCUGAACAGUCGUUGCCCCCUGGCGCUGCUCCCAUCGGCGUAGCAGCCUCCUCCCAAUCGCAUGUCGGCAGCUGCGCGCGGCGCCAUCAUGAGAUCCGUCCCGCUCUCCCCUCGCCGCCCGUCUCGCUCGCCGCUCGUCCCGCCGCUUCUCCUCGCCGCGGCGUGCCUCACAUGCCUCCUCCUCUCGCCGGGCCGCCUGCCCGUCGCGUGCGCCUCGCCGCAAGUGCCGUGGGACAGCUUCGACCCGCCGUGCGGCGCGCCCCUCUCCGACCCUCCCGCGGGCGGCUUCAAGCUGUGGAGCGAUCCCUCCACGUGGCCCGGAGGCGUGGUGCCAGGCGUGGGGGGCGCCAAGCGCGCCAAUGCCACCAUCCCCUGCGGGCAGGCCAUGCUGCUCAAUGUGCCGGCCGUGGUGCUAACGACGCUCACUAUAAGGGGGAUGCUCAAAAUCGAGGACUCGCCCUCGCUGCCGCUGGUGGCGGUGAACGCGUCGUUUGUGAUCGUGGAGGGGCAGCUGCUGGUGGGCAGCAGCGCCAGGCACUUCUCCCAGAGGGCCGUCUUCACGCUGACGCCCAACCCCAACGGCCGCAGGAACUACCUGUACACCGCCAACGCGCCCGCCGAUGCCACCCACCCGCGCAACUUGGGGCACAAGGCGCUUGUCGUGGUGGGCGGGCAGGUGCGCAUGCACGGCAUGCCGGGGGGCUCCUCCACGCCCUCCUGGUGCCACCUGGCAGCUUCAGUGCGGGCGGGCGACCGCAGCAUCGUGGUGGACCAGGAUGUGAGCGCGUGGCCCAAGGGCUACCACGUGGGGCUGGCUGCCACUGACUUUUACGCGGACGAGGUGGACGCUGCUGCCAUCGCCGAUGUGAUCCCUCUGCCCGGCGGCAAGUCGCGCAUCACCCUCACCAAGCCCCUGGCGUACAACCACUUUGGCGAGUUCGUCCCGGACGGGUUCGGCGGCUCCAUCGACGAGCGCGGCAGCGUGGUGCUGCUGAACCGCUCCGUGGUCAUCCGAGGGGCGGACGAGCGCGCCCCGCACCAGUGGGAGGGCGGCCACUUCAUGGUCUUCUUCACGCAGGCAGCCCAAAUCAUCGAAGGGGUGGAGUUCGCCCAGAUGGGGCAGCAGGGGCAGCUGGGGCGCUACAACAUCCACUUUCACCUGUGCGGGAACCAGGCGGGGCGCAGCGUGGUGCGGAAGAACGUGAUGCAUGACAGCAAGCAGCGGUGCGUGGUCGUGCACGCCACGUUCAACCUCACGGUGGAGGAGAACGUGGCGUUCAACACGAGGGGGCACUGCUUCAUGGUGGAGGAGGGCGGCGAGCACGGCAACAGCUUCAUCAGAAACGUCGGCAUCUGGACGCGCCCAGCGGUGGUGAAGAUCUCACCGGAGGAGACGGACGACCAGCCGUCGACAUUUUGGAUCAGCAACGCCAACAACAACUUCAUUGGGAACGUGGCUGCCGGGUCGGAGGACACUGGCUUCUGGAUGGAGCUGAGGGACAGAGUGAGGGGGCUGUCACUGCAGUGGCCGCUGGUCAACACGCUCAUCCCGUCCAGCCACCAUGUGGUCGGCCAGUACACGGGCAACGUCGCCCACUCCUGCUCCAUCGGCUUCCGGAACUACCCUGGAAGCUUCUAUCCGCGCUACAACGCCUCCACUGACGACGCCGAUGAGACCUAUUGGGAUAAUCCUGUGUGGGUGACUAUAUCCGACUUCCUCCUCUACAAGAACCUCUAUGCAGGUGCCUUUGUGCACGAUGCGGACUACCUGGUGCUGGAGGGAUUCACAGUGGCGGACAACAUGUGGGGCGUGGAGCUGCACCAGAUAGAAGGCGUGGCCGUGCGCAACCUCACAGUCGUGGGGCGGACCACCAACUACGGCAACCCCACAGACUGCACCCAGGAGUGGGGGUGGGAGACGUGCGCUCCUGUCUCCGGCUGCAACUUUCCAUUGGCCAAGCACCAGCAGGGGCGCAGUGUGGGGUGGGGGGGGCAGGAGGAGCCGGUGUACGGGCUGGUGUGGACGCAGAGCCCCUGGUUCACCGACGGGGUGGCCAACAACGUUGUGGACGGCGCUAGGUUCGCUGCUUUUGACAAUGCGUGCACGGCCUCUGCUGCGGUGGCUGUGGGCGGGGACGAGGGCACCUACUGGAAUGCCGGCAACAGCUUCAAGAACCUGGAGUUCAGCAGCCAGGAGCGCGCCAACCCGUUCUUCAUGAUGCCUCGCCGCUUCCCAUCCAGGUACGACCAAUCAGAGGCGGAGGACCACGGGGAGGCGGCCACUCAGGCGGCAGUGAGGGAUGGCGAUGGCAGCAUUGUUGGCGUACUCCUUGCCAACCCCGCUAGGGUGACUGCUGCCUCUGCAAGGCCCGCCUCUGUCUCUGCCUCCCUGGGCAAGCGUGCCCUCACACGGGAAGCCAUGCAUACCGCUGCGUCUUCACACCGCCGCCACCUCGCAGCUCGCACUGCUGCUGCUGCCACUGCUGGCAAUGCUGACGAUGCUGACGAUGCUGACGAUGGUGCAAAUGGCCGUGCUGCUGCUGCAGCCCCUGCGGCCGCUGCUGAAUCGUCAGCUUUUAGAGCAACUGGUGGAAGCCACAGCCGCAGUCACAGGAAUGGCAAGUACCACCCCAGGCAUCGCUCACCCUGGCACUCCCGCUCGUCCUUUGGCAACCCCGCCUCUACCUCCUGCUCUCCUGUCCGCUCCUCCUCCUCCUCCUCCUCCUCCUCCUCCUCCUCCUCCUCCUCCUCCUCCUCCUCCUCCUCCUCCCCUCUCGCCACGCGCUUUCUGACUGCCGCCACUCCCCUCACGAGCUCCGGACUCAACUCAACCGCCACAGCGGCCUCAGAGGAUCCCGCCACUCCCCCCACCGCCUUUCUCGUGGCCAACAACCCCAACCUCCUCCCUCCCCGCACCCCCUCCGGCUCCUACGGCUCCUGCAAGCCCAUCCCAGGCACCAACGCGUUCGCAUGCCCCGCACCCGCACACUGCUUCCGCACCGUCAACGUCCGGUACUACGAGCCCGCCACCGCCGCCAACGAGCGCGCGGGGCAGAAGCACGGCGCUAUGAGCUUUAUUAAAGUGGUGCGUGUGAGGGACGGCAGGCAGCAGACGUUCGACGGCGACCUGGACCACAUUGAGGUGGAGGAGGAUGGCACGGCGGAGCGGCUGUUUGGGUUCACGGCGCUGGUAGGGGAGGUGUAUCAGGUGCAGAUCGUGGGGCGCAAGGGGAAGGCAAAGUGGCAGCCGACGCGUGUGAGGGUGCACUUUGGGGAUGGAAUUGGCAAGGACGGUGGAGGGGGGUGUGGCGGGGCGGUUACUGUGAGGCUGAAGGCCCCUGCUCGUAAGAAGUUCCAGUGGGCUCCCCAGCUGACAGCAAACGCGGCAUGGCGCCCCAGUGCGGGCGCCACUCCUCCUGCCCCCGUGCUCUUCUCCUAUGAGUGCGACAAGGCAUCACAGGCAUCCCCUCACCCUCUACCCUCCAAUACCCCUUCCCACCAGCCCCUGUGCGGGCACCUCUACUGCUGCCCCUGUGCUCUUUUCAUGUGAGUGCGACAAGGCAUCGCAGCAGCAGCAGCAGCUGCAGGUGGUGCUGUCGGGCGCCGUGGACAAGGAAAGCCCCGCUGCCAUCAAGCUCACUCGGGGCGCCUCCUCCUCUUGCUGCCGCCUCGCCAGCUAGAGUCGCCCCCCCUCGCCCUGCUGCCAUCGAGCCAUGUGAAGGCACCGCACCUCAUCAUUGCACUGCUGCUUCGGUCAGGAGUGUGACGUUCUGGCUGGACACCCCCCUGUACGAUAGGUGACUUAUGAGCAGGCCCUAAGAUUCGUUUUGGGACACGCUGAUUCAUCAUCCCUGCCUCCUGCAUUAAGGCUGAUUUUGCAGACUUGCCCUUGGAAGAAAGGCUGAAAAUUGCAGCGUUACCUAAAAAUUUUACGCUGAUAAUUCAGAAUUAGUCGAGAAUUAAAGUCUGAUGCAAAUUCUGAAAGGUCUUUUAGGAUUAGCGUGGACUUUAACAGAUUUCACGCUUGCCUAAGGGCGUGUUCUUGCCUCGAGGAAAACUUCCAGGCAGGACUUCGGGGCGUCUCGUAUACCGGUACGGCUGA